UUAAACCAGACAACCAGACUUGAACUUCAGCUUCUGGAACAUUCUCUUUCCACGAACAAACUAGAAAGACAGAUUUCAGAUCAGACCAACGAAAUAACUAAAUUACAAGAAAAAAACAGUUUUCUAGAAAAAAGAGUUCUUGAGAUGGAAGACAAGCACACACUUCAGCUGAAGUCAAUAAAAGAUGAAAAAGAUCAGCUUCAAGUCCUAGUAGCCAGACAGAAUUCUAUUAUAGAAGAACUAGAAAAACAGUUAGUUACAGCUACAGUAAACAACUCAGUUCUGCAAAAACAGCAACAUGAUCUGAUGGAGACUGUUCAUAACUUGCUUACUAUGAUAUCUACACCAAACUCUAAGAACAACUUCAUAGCUAAAGAGGAACAAAUCAGCUUCAAAGACUGUGCUGAAGCUUUCAAAUCUGGACUGACAACAAGUGGAAUCUACACUUUAACAGUUCCAAACACUGUACAAGAAAAGAAGGCCUACUGUGACAUGGAAACUGGUGGAGGAGGUUGGACAGUUAUUCAGAGACGUGAAGAUGGCAGCGUGGACUUUCACCGGACAUGGAAAGAGUACAAGAUGGGAUUUGGUGAUCCUGCUGGGGAGUACUGGCUGGGAAAUGAGUUCGUAUCUCAACUGACUAAUCAGAAGCGUUACGUUCUUAAAAUACACCUGAAAGAUUGGGAAGGAAAUGAGGCAUAUUCAUUGUAUGACCACUUCUCCCUAGCAAGUGAAGAACAAAAAUACAGGAUCUACCUUAAAGGACUUACUGGGACAGCAGGCAAAAUAAGUAGUAUAAGCCAACCAGGAAAUGAUUUUAGCACAAAGGAUGCAGACAAUGACAAAUGUAUUUGCAAAUGUUCACAAAUGCUAACAGGAGGAUGGUGGUUUGAUGCAUGUGGUCCUUCUAACCUCAAUGGAAUGUAUUAUCCAUUACGACAGAACAACAACAAGUUCAAUGGUAUCAAGUGGUACUACUGGAAAGGCUCGGGAUACUCACUCAAAGCCACGACUAUGAUGAUUCGACCAGCAGAUUUCUAAAUGCUUCUGCAUUAUGUGAAUUAUGUAUUAUACAGUCUUCAAAGACUUCAUUUGCCGAGCAUAUAAUAAACACACAUCUGCAACUUGUCUCGUUUUCAAGCCCAGAAAACACGCGCUGAAGGGAUUGGUUCAGUACAAUUCCUGAAUUGCAAUAGCCUUGACCAGCUAAAGCCCACGUUAUUCAACCAGACACAAAGUCUAAAGCGUUGACCUGAUAACACAGUGAUUUGGCCAAACGACUGAAUAAAAAGAACAUCGAAGAAACUGUCAGACAACUUAAGGAUUGUGUUUUAGUGAUCAUUUCUUUUAUGUAUGUGUUAGUAAAUAACUGGAACUGUGAAAAAUAUCUAAAAUAGUUUUAGAAAUAUGCAUUUUGCCUCAUCACUGAACUUUAAAUAUUACUCUAAUAUAAAACACUUAACUAGAUCUAGAACUAUUUAUCUCUGUGUCAUGUUUGCCUUUUAUGUACAUAAAAAAAAUACUGUCAUGUAAUUAGCUCAAUACUGCGGUUAAAUAAUACAUUCUUUCCCCCCAUAGUCUCCUAAACAACUUCUUAUACU